GCGAAACGUGGUCGCCAUAUUGGCUUCAGGAAGGGGAUCUUCAGAGGCAAAAGCUCCCUAGGGUUCGUGAUAUGGAGGAAAUUCCAAGGAGUUCCCCGAUGAAAGUGGGGGAGGAAGGAUUUUAAUGCUCGUCGUUUGAUCGAUAGACAGUAAUCCUGGAGGGAUUUCUGAGGGAAUCAUGGCUGCGAAGAUUAAUAAAGGACCCAGGAGUCUGGUACAAAGAGCAGUUAUUACGAGAGAUCCAGACAAAGCGAUCUCUGAAUAUUUCCAAUCGAAAUUGGAAGCUCGUCAAGUUACGAAAUAUCCGGAAUGGGACGUAGCGAGACAUGGACCAGAGGCAGAAUUAAUGAAAGCACGAAGAGAUUUGAGUCAGGCUGAACAAGAGCUCGAGAUAAAACGUGUUGAACAUGAAAACAAACGUCAUGAUAUGGAUCAACAGUGGGCAGAGAUGAGGAGGAAGCAAAAUCUGUUUCGAGAAUCGUUUGUGAAAUUUGAUCAGUUCGUUCAAGAGAAUAAAGAGAAACGUGAGAGAGCCGAGAGGAAAAUUAAGGAAGAGAAAGAGCGACAGGAAAACUGCGGAGAAGAAAUAAAAAUUCUCAAGGAUAAGAUAGAGCACAUGACAGCGGUUCGUGAUAAAAUGCAAAAAUACGUAAAAGAUUACAAAAAUGCUCAGAGUUAUUUAGAAAAAGUUAUAAGUGAAACAGGCGAGUUUCAGUCCAUAAGUGACAUUUUUAAUCGAUUCGAAAGUCUUGUCGAGGCAAGAAAAACAUUAACGAUGAACCAAGACGAGAAUCUGAAUGCUUUAGGGAACACUAGCACCGAAAUGCAAAAAUUGACUGAAGAGAAGGGACAGAAAUUGAUGAGCUUAAACAGUCAAUUGGCGAGUCUUGAAAGUCGAUAUGAUCGAGCUAAGGCUGCGUCGUUGAAAUGGGAAGGAAUUGUCGCGAAAAUCAAAUCCACGGCUGGGGAUAAGAAUCUGGAAUUAACGCAGAUCAGGUCCUGCUGCUGGAAUAUUUAUCAACAGAUUUGUAAGAGAAAGGGAAUUUCAGUGGAAGUCGACAAAGGGGAUAUUGAGAAUCAAUUGGUCCACAUAAAGAGCACAAUCCUGGAACUGAAGAGAAUUGUCAAAGCUGCGAAGAAAAAGGUUGCAAAAGACGCGAAAGGAAAAAAAAAAUGA